CGCGGCGCGCGUCAGUCGCAGUACUCCCGUAGGAGGUGGUCGAGGAGGAGCGCGUCAAUAGUUGCCGUCGCUGCGCCAGCCACCGCCACCGCAGUGUCAGAGCCCGCAUUUGAUUUUUUUUUUGCCGUUUUCUCUCAUUAACCGCACGUUCGUCGUACGGUCUCGGUGCAUCUGUGUGUGUGUGUGUGUGUGUGUGUGUGCUUGAGUCAAUCAAGUUUUCCGUGCUCGUACGUGUGUGACGUGAACAGCGGCGUCGCGUGACGAUCAUCUUGCCGCGAUUUCUAUACGAACCAUCGUAUCAACGGCAUCGCCAUCAAACACCACCAUCAAAGGUGAGAGAAGAGAGUGAGCGAGCGAGUGAGCGGCGGAACUUCGCGGACCGGACGUGGCGAUCUUUCGCGUUCCGUUUCCCGCCAGGUCGCGAUACAUUUUGCUAUCGAUUGAAAAGACAUCACCAGCACUACUGCAGUUGAAGUAGCAGUAGCUACUUCCGCCACUGGCGGUAAGUUCGCCGAAGUCGUUACUUGUCGUGCUAUUAACGACAAAAGCAACCACGACGGCCGCCACUACAAUUAUCAAAACGACGGUCGCCGCUAAGACGACCGCCGCCUCCACCACCAUUAAAGUACUGUCAAAACGCAGAAGACCCUGGAGUGUAGUAAUCCAGUACAAAUGAUUUUGUGACUACUAUUAAAACGGAGAGAAAGGCGAACGUAUAGCAAUUCAGCCGACAUUUAGACAGUCUUCUACUUCAGUUUUCUUACAUUAUUGUGAAUAAUCCACAGUUAUUUGUUUAAUCGUAUUACCAAAAACACAACAAAAUGGCUACAAUAGACGGACGACCCGCUCAGUACGGGGUUACGUUAAAACAAUUGCGUGAACUUAUGGAACAUAGAGGCCGUGAAGGUAUCGAGAAAUUAAACGAGCUAGGUGGCGUUCAAGAUAUUUGUAAAAAGCUGUACACAUCACCCAGUGAAGGAUUAAGUGGAUCUACGGCUGAUUUGGAACAUAGAAAAGAGACAUUCAGUUCAAAUACAAUACCUCCUAAACCUCCGAAGACAUUUAUGCAACUUGUGUGGGAAGCUUUGCAGGAUGUUACUCUUAUUAUUUUAGAAAUUGCCGCUAUUGUUUCAUUGGUGUUGUCGCUUUACAAACCAGCCGACGAAGAAUCAAUGACCGCCGAAGACGAUGAAGCGAAACAUGGAUGGAUUGAAGGAUUAGCUAUAUUAAUAUCAGUUAUAGUGGUUGUCAUUGUAACAGCGUUCAAUGAUUAUACAAAGGAACGACAGUUUCGUGGUCUUCAAAACCGUAUUGAGGGUGAACACAAAUUCAAUGUCAUCAGGCAAGGCGAACUGCGUCAAAUUUCUGUUGGAGACAUAGUCGUUGGCGAUAUUUGCCAGAUUAAAUACGGAGAUUUGCUUCCUGCUGAUGGUGUUCUUAUUCAAAGUAACGAUUUAAAGAUCGAUGAAUCUUCUUUGACUGGCGAGUCAGAUCAUGUUAAAAAAGGAGAAUCUUUCGAUCCUAUGGUUUUGUCGGGAACCCAUGUAAUGGAAGGUAGUGGUAAAAUGUUAGUCACUGCAGUGGGUAUAAAUUCCCAAGCUGGAAUCAUAUUCACACUGUUGGGUGCAGCAGUAGAUCAACAAGAAGAGGAAAUGAAAAAACAACGAAAAGAAGCCAGAAAAGUUAAAGGUAAGGGCUUAACUGAUGAAGCACCUCCUACUAUUAACAGCCAUACUACGGAUAUGAGUAUGAAGCAAUUGAACAAAGGCGCUGAAACAGAUGAUGAUACAGCUGGCGGUGGUGAAAAGGCUGAAGAGGAGCCCGCCAAAAAAGACAAGUCUGUUUUACAAGCUAAACUUACCAAAUUAGCUAUACAAAUUGGAUAUGCAGGAUCAACCAUUGCUGUCCUCACUGUGCUUAUAUUGGUCAUUCAAUUUUGUAUCACUACAUUUGUCAUCGAACAUAAACAGUGGAAGAACCAUUAUGCUGGUGAAUUUGUUCGUCAUUUAAUUAUUGGUGUCACUGUAUUGGUAGUGGCUGUUCCUGAAGGACUUCCUCUUGCUGUGACCCUCUCUUUAGCAUAUUCAGUCAAGAAAAUGAUGAAAGAUAACAAUUUGGUUAGACAUCUAGAUGCUUGUGAAACUAUGGGUAAUGCCACAGCCAUUUGUUCUGAUAAGACUGGUACCCUAACGACAAAUCGAAUGACAGUUGUUCAAUCAUAUAUCUGUGAAGUUCUUAGUAAAACAAUGCCUCAAUUCGCUUCAAUACCAUCGAAUGUUGGAAAUUUGAUGGUACAAGCAAUUUCUAUUAAUUCGGCAUAUACAUCUAAAAUUAUGCCACCCGAUGACCCAACUAGUGAAUUACCCAAACAAGUUGGUAAUAAAACCGAAUGUGCUCUAUUGGGUUUCAUCCUUGCACUUGGAAAAAAUUAUCAAACAUGGCGUGACGAUAUUCCAGAAGAAAUGCUAACACGUGUAUAUACGUUCAACUCGGUGCGUAAGUCUAUGAGUACUGUCAUUCCUAGAGAAGGCGGUGGCUACAGACUAUUUACCAAGGGUGCUUCAGAAAUAGUAUUAAAAAAAUGUGCAUACAUUUAUGGCCGAGAUGGUCGAUUGGAAAAAUUCUCACGGGAAAUGCAAGAUCGUUUGGUAAGGAAUGUUAUUGAACCUAUGGCUUCAGAUGGUCUGCGUACUAUUUCAGUAGCAUACAAAGAUUUCUUACCCGGAAAAACUGAUUCACCUAACCAAGUACAUUAUGAGGGUGAACCUGAUUGGGAUUCUGAAGAUAAAAUAGUGUGUGACCUAACCGCUCUGUGCGUUGUAGGAAUUGAAGAUCCUGUUCGGCCAGAGGUCCCCGAAGCAAUCAGAAAAUGUCAGCGAGCCGGUAUUACUGUGCGUAUGGUUACUGGUGAUAAUGUAAAUACAGCUCGAUCCAUUGCUACUAAAUGUGGUAUAUUCAAACCCGGUGAAGAUUGGCUUGUUUUGGAGGGCAAAGAAUUCAAUCAGCGAAUUCGUGAUGCUAAUGGCGAUGUUCAACAACACUUAUUAGAUAAAGUGUGGCCUAAAUUGAGAGUAUUGGCUAGGUCCUCGCCCACGGAUAAAUACACUUUGGUCAAAGGUAUAAUUGACAGCAAAGUGAGUGAUAGUCGUGAGGUUGUGGCUGUAACGGGUGAUGGUACAAAUGAUGGCCCUGCUCUAAAGAAAGCUGAUGUUGGAUUUGCCAUGGGUAUUGCUGGAACAGAUGUAGCCAAGGAAGCUUCGGAUAUUAUAUUAACUGAUGACAACUUCAGUAGUAUUGUGAAGGCAGUUAUGUGGGGUCGUAACGUAUACGACAGCAUUGCAAAAUUCUUACAGUUUCAGUUGACUGUCAAUGUAGUGGCUGUUAUUGUUGCGUUUAUUGGAGCGUGUGCUGUGCAAGAUAGUCCGCUAAAAGCUGUUCAGAUGUUGUGGGUAAAUUUGAUCAUGGACACGUUGGCCUCGUUGGCUUUGGCCACGGAGUUACCUACGUCUGAUCUAUUGUUGCGUAAACCGUAUGGUCGUACAAAACCUCUGAUAUCACGUACAAUGAUGAAGAAUAUUAUCGGCCAGGCCGUGUACCAGCUGACGGUGAUAUUUUCGCUGUUGUUCGUCGGCGAUAAGAUGCUUGACAUACCAACGGGCCGUGGCGCAGAGUUCGGCUCUGAACCCACCCAACAUUUCACUGUCAUUUUCAACACAUUCGUCAUGAUGACGUUAUUCAACGAGAUAAACGCGCGGAAAAUACAUGGUCAGCGCAACGUGUUCCAGGGAUUCUUCACCAACCCGAUAUUCUAUAGCAUAUGGAUCGGUACCGUGCUGUCCCAGGUGUUCAUCAUUCAAUACGGAAAAGAAGCGUUCAGCACCAAGAGCCUGUCGCUGGAACAGUGGAUGUGGUGCUUGUUAUUCGGUUUCGGCACACUGCUAUGGGGCCAAAUAGUCACCACUGUGCCUACCCGUAAAAUCCCGAAACUUCUAUCAUGGGGACGCGGUCAACCGGAGGAUUACACGCAUGCUAUAAAUCUAGGUGAUGAGAACAGAUAUGAUCCCGAUUCCGGGCAAAAGCCGCGUGCCGGCCAGAUCCUGUGGAUCCGUGGACUGACCAGGCUUCAGACUCAGGUGAUAGGCGGUGAAUUGCAAGAACGUUUGAUUCCGGUCCCAUACAGCAAGAGCUCCACUGACCAAGCUAUACGAGUGGUUAACGCUUUCCGGCAGGGUCUGGACGCACGUUACGGCGAGUCGCUGGCCGAAGUUUUGCGCAACCAGCCAUGCUUUAAGAAGAGACUGUCCGCGGCAGCGGGCGGCGGACUAUCGUCCAACACCGGCGGUGGCGGCGGCGGCGGAUCCAUUGAUUUCGCGGACAGCGACAACGCGAUCGGCGUCCCUCACAUCGACGUGGAACGUCUUUCGUCGCACAGCCAUACGGAAACGGCCGUGUAAAUUAUUAUUAUUAUUAUUAUAAUUGUUUUUUUUCUCGUUGCUAAAAACACAAUAAUGUUUGAUUUUUUUUUUAAUUCCAACAAACUAUUACAAAUCACACACAAGUGCUUUCUUAAUUCGUUUUUGUUCAUUAUGUUUUUUUUUUUAUUUUGUGUAAUAGAGACUCGCCUUAUAAUUUUUAUUUUAUUUUGAUUAUUUAUGAUUAUCUUUUUUUUUUUUUUUUUAACGAUAUACCUAAUAUAAAUAAAUUUAUAUAUUUUUAGUGUCAUAAGAAUAACUACCCCUCCGGUCGCCUGCUAAUACGCUUUAAUACUUAGGUGACCGUCGCGUCGCACGAUUUGUUUUCUAAUAGAUUUUCGUUUUUUUUUUUUUUUACUAAAAAUUCGCGUCUCCUUCAACGCUGAGUCGUCACUAUAGCGAACCUAUUCGAAACGCAUGACGCGAACAGUAAAAAAAAAAAAAAAUCUGAAAUUUCCAGUACCUACUUAUACAGUGAUGUAUUAAUGAGCAUAUUAUUGUAUGUUAUUGCUAAUAUUAUAAUAUAUUAUGAAAUCUCGUUACGUGCCUUAAAUACAAACAACAAUAAUUUAUAAUAUUUAUAAUAUUACAUAAAUAUACAAAUAUAAAAAUCACAUUUCGCUGCCCGUUACGGACACAAUAGGUACAUAUAGGGGUGGGGGUAGUUUCGUUGGCUAGUUGUAGUUGUGUAUAAUAUAUUGUAAUAUUUAACGUCGUUUAUCGUAUAUAAAUGGACGCAGAGAUGAAAAUAACAAAUCAAUCAAAUUUUAUUAUUCUGACGCGUGCCCGUCGUUCAUCGUUAACAAUGUUGUUUAUUUAGUGUAUACAGGUUAUUAUAUCGCAUAUUAUUAUAAAUCGUAUUAAGUAUAUUAUAAAACGUUAUGCUCUCCUGUGCGUACAUCGCCGAGUACAAAAUAGUACAAUAAAUAAAAUUAAUUAAUUAAUAAAAAAUAUAUAGAAAAAAAGAAAAAAAACUUUCGUACGUAAAAAUACGGUGAUAAUAAUAAUAUUAAUAAAUUUAACUCUACGAUAAAUUUACACUUUUCUUCCUCUCAACCAUUACCUAUAUAUUAUAUUGUUACAUUGUCGCAAUGUUAUUCGAACUUCAUAGUAUAUGAUACAUAAUAUAUAAUAUGACCAAUCAUUUAAAUCGUGUUUAAACGAAAUACGUAUCUUUUGUGUAUUUGUAUCUGUAAUAUGUAUAUGCAUUUCUUUCCACUCGCGAGAUGGCAUGAUACCUGUCGAUUCUUGUUGAAUAAAAAAAACUAUUUAAUAAUAAAAUAUUGAUAAUUUA